AGCCCUUGAGAAGGAGGUUCCCGCAAAGAUCGCCCAGUCCUUCCUCUCCCCUUUUCUUAGCGAAUGACUCGGAUAUUUCCCUACCUGCCGGCAGCAGCUACAAUCUGCAGCAAGGGCUGGGGCUGCCUCAGAGCCUCCCUGCAAACUCUAUGGAGAAGGCAGCUACAGCGGUGCAAAGCGCCGGAGACAACGUGUCAGCGGCCGCGGCUACAGCUAGCAGCAGCGGUGGAGGCAGUAACAGUAGCAGCCGGAGUAGUAGUCGCCCCACGUCAGCGGGCUCCUCGCCUUCCUCUUCUACCAGUCGGGGUCUCUCGGGCCGGCAAGGAGGAGCGGCGGCUGCAGCAGUGGCCGCGAGGCCGGAUGGAGGAAGCAGCAGCAGCCCCAGUUCAACUGCGGCCAGUCCAGGAGGGGGCUGUGGCGACGGUGCUCCCGGGGGACUGGCAGCUGGCAGGAGAACGGAGGCAGUUUUGGAGGGGACUUUGAGCAAAUACACCAACCUCAUCCAAGGUUGGCAAAGCAGGUAUUUUAUACUGGACUUUGAGACUGGAAUUUUACAGUAUUUUGUAAAUGAGCAGAGUAAAAACCAGAAGCCUCGAGGAAUCUUAUCUUUAGCUGGAGCUAUAGUUUCUCUCAGUGAUGAAGCACCAAACAUGUUGGUGGUAUAUUCUACUAAUGGAGAAAUGUAUAAACUUAGAGCUGGUGAUACAAAGGAGAGACAGUAUUGGGUGACUCAACUUCGAUCUUGUGCCAAGUACCACACAGAAAAUAAUGUGAAGAGCACUCUGACCUCACGAGCAAAAAGCUUGACUUUGUUGCCCAUUGGAACAGCUAACUCCACAUCUCUCAAUUCUCAAAAAAUUGUAAAUCAGAGUGGGCCUCCAGUUGUCACUAUAACACAUCACAAAUCUCCUGUGGUAGCCCGAAAAACCAAACCUCUGUAUCCCCACCAGCUUCAUGGAGUCAGAGAAAUUAUGGCCCAAGUGGAAGGACAGCAGAAGAACUUAGUGCAAGGCAUUGAAUCCCUUCCAGGUUCUGGUCCUCUUUCUGCCUUUGACCAAGACUUGCUGCUUUUAAAAGCUACCUCUGCUGCUGCUCUCAGUUGCCUGGGAGAAUGCCUGCAUUUGCUUCAACAGAAUAUAAGCCAAGUGAGCGCACCUCGGAACAGGACAUUACCUUCAGAAAAUAUCCUAGUAUGGCAUGGAUCAAAGUCAAAUUCUACAGAGAUACUGAAAAACAGUGCCCUUGCUUCUUUAACAACAGCGAGCGCCAGUCUAUCAUGGUCAGUCAUACCAUCUGUGAUACAAGAUGACACUAUGCAUACAACCCGUGAAGUAAUUCUGGUUGAAGAUGAGGUGACAGAUACCGAAGACAAUGAAGAGGACGAUCUAGGAGACUUGGAUGAUCAGCGUAGUGUAAUCCUUCAUAUUAUCUCACAAUUGAAACUUGGGAUGGAUCUAACCAGAGUAGUGCUUCCAGCCUUUAUUUUAGAGAAGAGGUCUCUGCUGGAGAUGUUUGCAAACUUCUUGGCCCAUCCAGACUUGUUUUUAGCAAUUUCAUGUGGAACCACUCCUGAGGAAAGAAUCAUCUCCUUCGUGGAGUACUAUUUGACAGCUUUUUAUGAAGGCCGAAAAGGAGUUGUUGCCAAGAAGCCAUAUAAUCCAAUAAUUGGAGAAACGUUUCAUUGCUCUUGGAAUGUGCCUAAGGACAAAGUAAAACCAGUGAGAACAAACACUGCCUCUUGUGGUCUCAAGGGGCAAGCUUCAUCUGAAUGUUAUAGGCUGAAAUUUGUAGCUGAACAAGUGUCCCAUCAUCCACCAGUAACUAGUUUUUACUGCGAGUGCAAAGAGAAGAAAGUGUGUGUGAAUGUGCACGUUUGGACUAAAAGCAAAUUCAUGGGGAUGUCUGUAGGUGUUUCUAUGGUAGGUGAAGGCAUUCUUUAUCUCUUGGAACAUGGGGAGGAAUAUAUAUUCACAUUACCUUGUGCCUAUGCGCGUUCUAUACUUACUAUUCCUUGGGUGGAGCUUGGAGGCAAAGUCAAUAUUCACUGUGCCAAAAGUGGUUACUCUGCUACAGUCACAUUCCACACUAAGCCAUUCUAUGGAGGAAAACUACACAGGGUUACAGCAGAAGUGAAGCAUAAUCCAACCAAUACCAUAGUGUGUAAAGCACAAGGAGAGUGGAAUGGCAUUCUGGAAUUCACAUAUAGUAGUGGUGAAACCAAAAUAAUUGAUACCACCAAAUUACCCAUAAUCCGGAAGAAGAUCAGACCAAUAUCAAAACAAGGCCCAUUUGAAUCAAGGCAUUUAUGGCAACAUGUCACUGCUGCCCUGAAGGAAGGUGACAUUGAUGUGGCAACAGAACAAAAGCACUUCCUUGAGGAGAGGCAGCGAAAAGAGGAGAGACAACGAGCAGCUAGCAACACACUUUGGAAACCAAAAUAUUUUAUCAAAGAGGGCGAUGGGUGGAUGUACUUUAAUCCCCUCUGGAAGAGUCAUUGCUAAAUUCACCUGGAUUCAAAUGCCCAUUUUCUAAAGGCAUUAAAAAGAUGCAUUAUUUAAUCUUCAGAUGUGAUUGUCUUCUUGGAAAUUAAAGCUGCAUUUUGUAAUAAUGCACCUCCAAAUGAAAAACUCAAGUUUAUUGAAGAGCCAUUCUACUAUAUAUGCAUAUAUUAGAAGUGGAUAUGCUUCCUGUGUGUUGAUACCUUAUGUGUUUAUUGUAUGUAGUACACAUAUCGCACAGACAUUAAUUAAUAUCUGAUCUUGCACUGAAAUCAAUGUGUACCACAUUGCUUGUAGGAUCAGACUUCAUAUUAUUAUCACUUUCUAAUAUUGAUGAAUUUUUGUAUUUUUCACACUGCCAAAGUUUUGCACUUAAAGCCACUGAAUAAUUUACAGCUAUAACAGAGCCUGCCUAAAGAACAUAUUUUGAGAAGAAUAUUUUUGUUUAUUUGUUUGGAUGUAACAUGUAAAAGGAUGUUUCUGCCUUUUUGGAUCACUCUGAAAACUUUGUUUCCUGGUGCCAUGUAGGAAAAUAGAAAUAUCUAAGCAAUUAUGUUAGCUAUUGAUUCCAUCCUUCUCACUAUGUGCUUUGUGUAUCUAAUGGAUAUUUUUGUUUCUUUGGAGAAUGUAGAAGUUCGAUAAUUUAAUGAUAGGUAGGUGAACCAGAGAUUUCUGAAACUAUUCAUUUUUCAAAUUCAUGAAUAGUUUUUUGGCUUCUACAUCCAGUUUUGUUGACUACAUCAAUUUAUUUUAUUUUACAUAUUUGUAAACACCCAUCUUCCUCGAAGAAGGACAGCAACUCAUAAAUGCAGAACUUACUUUUAGGAUCAUUGAAAUUAUUUGUUCAAAAAAAAAGGCUAGCUGUUGAGAUGAAAUUUGGUACAAGUCCAAAAGCAAAAGGAAAGACUUCUUCCAUAUCAUUUGUUGCUGUAAAAAGAGACAACAAAGCUAGAAUCUAAACUCUGUUAUUUGCUAUGAACUAUUUCCUUGCAAUAAAUUAACUACAUACUUAAAUAAUAUUUAUCAACUAUUGGGAGAAAAGAUUAGGAAAUAAAUUUAACUUCCCAUAAAAAGGUUUGUGCUAUUUAGAAUGCCCAUUCUGUUGUACCAGCCAGCUGGUUUGGGUAUUAAUCCCAUCCAGCUAGAAUGGUAAAUGAGGAAGCUUUGCUUCCUCAAGAUGAAGGAGAUGCAAACUACCCCUAACUUCAGAAUGGUCCAACUGAUUGUUAAUCAUGUAGUCAUGUAAUCAUGAAGAAGUCCAGCACACAUGAAGAUUCCUUACAGAAGAUUGCAAAAUCCCAUUCAUAGUACAGUAAGACAGAUCAGCUUUUACAAAGUGAAAAUAAGCGUACACCUUGUCCCCACAGUUAUAGCUUCAAUAUUAUUGCUCAUGUAUCUAAAUAGCAAUGUAGCUUUAAAUUAAAUUAAAGCUAUCAAAGUAGAAAGUUCUCUAUUCAGUCCAUAAAAUCGUAUUUAUAGCUUUUUUUCAAUGUAUACAUUUUGAACUGACCUUGAUUAUUUUUGUGCCUUGUCUGCUUGGAUUUUUAUAUCUCAAUAAUGAAUGAAAGGCUAAUGAAAGUUUUACUAGCUUUUAAAGUAUUUUUUCAAUGAAAAUCUUAAGAUGACAGUCAAAAUUAUACAUAUUUAUCUAUAUACAGUAAAACAAAAGUAUUAUAUAAGUAAUAUCAUGCUUUAACUAUGUUUAUGAAAUGCAUUCAAUUUAUAAAAACUAAAAUUUAUUUAAUCAUGCUUAAAAACCAAUUUAAAAGGAAAUAAAGCUAUAUCCUGGAGAUAAUGUUAUAUAAAUCUUUGCUUCUAAAAGGAAAGCUUUUUGGUAUCAAAUCUCACAUAUGAAUAAUCUUUGAUAGUAGGAGAAACUAAUUUGCACUACUUGUAUAACAAUAUAUGUAAAGGAGGCUGAGAUUAGUCUGGUAUGCAACAAGCACAUUAACAGAUGUUCUUACAGACUUCUGAAAUUGCAGUUCUGUGUUAUGUUUUCUAUUAUCAUUCUACAAAUAGCUGAUUUUAUCAGGAUUUCUUUUAUCAGUUCUGUGUUGAUACAAACCCCCUAGGCUUUGUCAAUUUGACAUAGGUGUUCAUGUUUUGGGGAUUUAUUUCCAUGAAUAGAUACCUGGGAUCUAUUAUACAAGAGAUAUUUCACACUAUGUGAUAACCAUGUUAGUCCUAAUAAAUACUUUAUGUUCAUAAUACAAUUGACGGAUGAAUAUUCAACAUUUAAUGAUGAAUAUUAAAAUUUUCAAAAAUUAUGAGAAGUUAGAUCUGCUAUGCACAGCCUUAAAUCUGGAAAAUGCUAAUCAACAAGAGGUUCCAAAAAGAAACCAAAAUAAUUUUCUUCCUCCUUCCCAGUGUAAAUGUUGCUCUUUGAAUUUCACAGCUGAAUAAAUAACAUGUCUUAUUUAUAGAUCAUUACACAUUGUUUUGCAUUUAUGAUUGAAUGUUUCUUUUCAGUUAGAUGCUGUAAACUUUGAAUGGUAAAUUUUGAUAUAUUUCCAAUUAUAAGAUCUAUGCAAUUUCUUCUUAAAUAUUAUUAUUCAUAAACAAAAUAUAUACUUAUUGUUAAUAUCCAAUUCUUUGGCAAUCACUUCCAGUUAGUUUUGCUUUCAUUUUUUGGGAAUUAAAAUAAGGAACUGAAGACAAUAAAUUUUAUUUGAAUUAC